AUCAAUGACAAUUGUCAAAUAGCAUCCCGCAACUGCACGUGGUUACAGUAAAGUAUACUUAAUAUAGCCUAUUAAACAAAACACAAUUAAAUAAAUUUAAAAUGGGUAAAGUUAAACAAGAACCAGUAGACCAAGAAGAGCAAGGUGAUGUUAGUAUUAAAAGUGAGCCCCAAAGUUAUGACGAUAAAGUAGAACACUGUAGUAUUAUUGCAAAACCGAUGGCGUCAAAAAAACUCAGUAAGAAAAUUUACAAACUAAUCAAGAAAUCUAGCGGACAUAAAAAUUAUAUCAGAAACGGUUUGAAAAUUGUACAAAAACAGCUUCGCUUAGGAGAAAAGGGGAUAGUAGUGUUUGCGGGUGACAUAUCUCCAAUUGAAAUCAUGUGUCAUUUACCAGCAGUGUGUGAGGAGAAAGAUGUCCCAUACUGCUACACACCAAGCCGUAAAGAUAUCGGCUCAGCCAUGGGAACAAUGAGAGGAUGUAUCAUGGUACUCGUAAAGGAACACGAUGAAUACAAAGACUUGUUUGAUGAAGUUCGAGGUGAAAUAAAACUACUUGGACAUCCAUUAUAAAUAUAGCUUAGAUAUAAGACAGAUUUUACUAUUGUAAGAAUUGAAUGAUCAUAACGUUAUGACCAACUUACUCAUCAGUGAUAUUUCUGGAGCGCCUAAUCCAGUCUUCCAGAAAUAUGAUAAGUGCAACCAGAUGGGUUAAUAAUAAUAAUAUAAGACUAGAACACAAUCUUUAUUAGUUUUAAGAUGUGAUUUUUUCCAUAUAAAGAGUUAGGCAAAUCAUCCUGUUAAUAAUAACAACACUAUCAUUUAAAAAUAUAAAAACAUUACCUAUUAGGCAUAUAAAUGGUUAAAAGUAAACAGCCCAGUUUUAUACAGAUGAUGUGAAAUAGCAUUUAGUUAUUGGGUAUUUUUGUAAGUUUAAAUAUAAUUUGGUAUAAUGAUAUACUU